AUGGGUGCAUGCCACGUAUUCAUUUUGGUAUCGGACGGUUAUGGGCAAGAAUACUGGCACGUAGUCCAAUCAACUGGGAAGAAACUUCAAAGCGCUGCAGCUGAAGUUUAUGCUGUUUCGACCAGUCGUGAUUAUAGUCUUGCCGAAUUGACGCUGUAUACUGGUGACGAGAAACGUGUCUAUGUUGGACCGCAGCAUCAGCAGUAA